CGCACAUGCUAACUUCCGGUUUGUAAUCGUUGAGUCUCUAAGGAAGCAGUAAUCCUGCUAAAUUAUGGAAAGUUUUGAAAGCCACCAGGCUUCGUCGUCUGAAAUGAGAGCGUUUACCUGGCUUGUUCUGCUGGUUCAGCUGCUCGGUCUCUCGGGGGUCAUCAUGGUGGCUGUCUGGAUGGGACAUUUCCGCGGGGGGUUCGCAUGGCAGAGUAACCCCGACCUAGAGUUCAACUAUCAUCCCUUGUUUAUGGUCAUAGGCAUGAUCUUCCUAUAUGGUGAUGCAAUCCUUGCUUACCGAGUGUUUCGUAAUGACAACAAACUGUACAUCAAGAUCCUUCAUGCCUGUCUGCAUGUUAGUGCUCUUAUCUUCGCCAGUGUUGGUCUCAAGGCCGUCUUUGACUCGCACAACCUCGCUAAAGACCCUAAACCAAACCUGUAUUCCUUGCACAGUUGGUUGGGGCUCACCACAGUGAUCCUGUUUUCUUCUCAGUGGGUGAUUGGCUUCGUGUCCUUCCUCUGGCCGAAGGUUGGAAUGGGUCUCCGCCGCCGACUCAUGCCGUACCACGUCUUCUUUGGUGUUGCCAUCCUCUGCUUUGCCUGCGCUACCUGUCUGAUGGGGAUUACCGAGAAAGCAAUCUGGUCCAUGCCUAAAGACUAUAGUAAGAAGCCGGCAGAAGGGAUUUUGGCUAAUUGCUUGGGCCUGAUUCUCGUUGCCGUGGUUACCCUCAUUGUGUACCUCGUUAGCCGAUUCGAAUACAAGAGACCACCGUCUCCCGAAGAAGAGCACCUACAGAUUUCUGACGAGUGAUUGGUCACUUAAUCAACAAGUCAUGUGCAAUUCUGAGCAGGCGCAUUACCAGGGGUGGUUCGGGUGUGUAUUUCCUGUUUGGCGAUUAUUAUUUUUGUUUGUUUUGGCAGUUUCUUUGUUGAAAAAGAAAAUUAAUUAUUAGGCCAAAAGUAUACAGUUCAUUGCAAACAUGAACACAUGGCAAUAGUGAGGGUUUGAUUUCAAAUUGUCAAUAUCAACAGCAAAAAUUGGCUCAUUUUUCUUUAUUCAGAUAAAGUGUAAAAAACAAAACAAAACAGGCUUGUUCAGCCAAUGUAUGUGGAAAGUAUUAUUUGAUUUUGCUUUUGAAAUAACAUCUUAAUGGCUUUAGAAUCAAUAAAAUACAAUAAUUUUAAUAUCUUUUUACACAAGUCGAGACUUGUUCAUAUUUACUAAGAAAAAAUACUUCAUUUAAUGAUAACUUAUUUAUUUUAAUCUUACCUUUCUACUUUUCAAAAUAUACAACUCGAUAUAAGAAAAUUAAUGUUUUAUUUAUUUAUUUAUUUUAUUUAUUUUAUCGAUAUAUUCUAAUUUAAAAUAAAUUAAAAAGGGUUUUGGGCUGUACUUAUAAAUCUUAAAUAUAAAUCAUAGACAAAGACCUCAAUCUGCAUACAAUUGGUAGAAGUUCAUAAUCUAUUUAAAAUAAGACAAAACUUCUAGUCAUGAUCCUAAGUUGGAGAAGAUCUGAAGUGUACAUAGGCAGGGGAAGGGCUUACUGGAGGGGCAUUGUUACCUAAGUUAAUGAAAAAAUACUGUUUGAAUUUGCAGGACCAAUAUUUUAACUAAUUCUGUAAUGAAAAUUGGGUAAAACUAAUAGCAUAUCUUCAUUACCCAGCUCAUUAGCCAAACAUUUAUGGACCCCCUCCCGCCCCAAAUGCCUCUGGAUAAUAUUGUCUAUAUUGUCUGUUAUUUAUUCUGCUGUCGUAUCAUUCCUUCCUUUGUGUGGAUAUAGUAUUAUUAUAAAUAUACUUUAGUGGUGUACAUUGUUGGAUAUUUACAAAGAUUUAGUAUUUAAUGUAUAUGUUGCCUCUGGUAAGGUCAAAAUUUAUAUAGCUCUAGUGUAGUUAGUAAAGACAUAUUUUUGGUGCUCAAGUGUGGUAUUGUGAUAUUGUGAAUGUUGUGCUGAGUUUUUUAAUCUUUGAUUUUGGCUGUAUGGUUCAAAGUGCUUGUGUUUUAUCUAGGAUUUUGUUCUAGAGUGAUGGCCCAUGACAGAGAUGCUAGCUGCAAGUUUGGCAUAAUUCUAUGAUUUUAAUGUUAUAUUGUACCAGUACCAAUGUUUGUUUAUUUAGCUCUUUUAGAGUUGAUUAAAUUUUGUUUUGUUUUUUUCUCAAUUUGAGAAAAUACCCAAAACUGGUUAUUCCUGGUUUUUAAUGACAAAGCUAUGAGUUAAGAAAAGAGUGAGUUUGGUUUUCUUGUGGAUCUCAAUGAAGAUAAAUUAACAAGAACUAAAGGGAAUCCAUAAUGAAAGAAACUAUUUUCUUUAUAGCAUGUAAGACAUUAUGUGAGGUUAAAGUCGGGUUAAAGUUUCUUUAAGUCCCUUUAAAUCUUGAAUUGAUUGAUGGAUGACUUAAAUAUUUAGUGUGGCCGUUCGCCAACCCAUGAAAUUUUUUAUUUGUUUGUUUUGUUUAACGACACCACUAGAGCACAUUGAUUUAUUAUUCAUCAACAUGGAUGUCAAACAUUUGGUCAGUUUUACAUAUAGUCUUAGAGAGGAAACCUACCUUUAGUAGUAAGGGAUCUUUUAAAUGCACCAUCCCACAGACAGGAUAGCACAUACUACAGCCUUUGAUAUAGCAGUCGUGGUGCACUGGCUGGAAAUAGCCCAAUGAGUCCACUGACAGACCGCACAUAAGGUGAGUUCUUUAGCACUGGACUGCGCACCAACUCAACCAGCCCCAUGAAUGUAUUUUUAUCCCAAGGCAAUGUUAAAGUGAUUUACAGUUUGGUUAAAGUUUGAAAUGGAUAGGGUCAAUAUUUGGUAUGAUCACCAGGGUUAUAAUACAAUAUAACCUAAGGGCAAGGUUGAGAGCAAAUGGUUAAGUUUUAAGUUUGAAUCGUUUGUUGAAUGGCUUUAAUAUUUGGUAUGAGUGUUCACUAAGUGAAUCUUUCAUGUCUAACCCCCCACCCCCUUCUCUGCCCAGUGAAGUCAAGGACUAGGUUACGGUUUCUGAAAUUAUUUUUAACUCUUAAAACAUUUUGAUAAAUGGCUUUCAUAUUUGUUAUAUUUGUUCACCAGAUGAGUCUUUCAACAGCACACCUUCAGUAGCAUAACUGCGUUGUCAAGUCCAUGUCAUUUGGAGCUUUGUUAAAAGUGUCUUUAAAAAGUUAAAAUAAACCGAAGUAUGCAACUUGAAAAAUGUUGCAUCAAAUCAUGGGAAUAAAACUGUGAAUAUCAUGAACCAUGGUUAAACGUGGCACCCUUACAGUCCAGUCUUUCAAAGUUGGGUCAGCCAGUUCUGUGGUAUGGUCCCUACACUGCUAAAUUUCUCUACCAGUAGAGGGAUUCUCUGAUUUGGACUACAUUCUAACCUCCUGUUCUGUUCGUUUGUAUCUUACUCGCUGUAGUUGUUUUGAUAACAUUGCUAUGUUGUUGUUCUUCCAAAGUUUUGUUUACCUGGAUGUACAGGACUGAAAAGCAGGGCACACUAUGUCCAUUGCCAAAAAUAUUCCUUAAUUUACUACACACGUGUACUUUAACAAUUUUUAAGAAAAUACUCUACAUAUAUGAAGAUUGGCUAACCCAAAAUAUGUUCCAGUGCGAGCAUUGCAAAAGUGGUAUACUUCUACUCCACCCCAUCUAUAGCUUUUAGACGUAUGUGGCCACCAAAACGUCUUUAUUUCCACGGUCGGUCUGGGAUCGAUCCCCGUCCAGUGUUCGAGAUUAAAAUUUUGGGGCAGUAUCCCAGUUGGAUACUAACAUUUCAAAAUCUGGUAUCCCACCUGAGAAUUUAGUAUCCCUCUUAAAUGAAAUUCAUAAAUAACAUCGUACAAACUUGGACGAAACUGUUCUCGUUCCCAGUCUAUUGCUACGCCGCAGUCGAAAUCAUGGAAUUUGUGAAACUGGCAAUCAAACAGAAUCUACAGAAAGAUUUGCUGCAUCUAUUUUUGCGUAAUAAUGAUAUAAAGUAAUAUUUAGCAGUAAUCUAUAAGUGUUUCUGACAUUACUAAUGAUAAACCUACCUGUAUCAAUUUCAUGCAUAU